AAAAUGAAAUAAUACAUAUAUAUCUAAGAUAUUUAUUUUAAUAUUAUAUAAGAACGUUAUAUAGAAACGUUAUAUUGGUAAACCUGAAUAGCAAGUAAAAACCACAUGGAAAAGGUGAAAGUAUUAAGAGACAGAAGACGACAGAUCAGAAGCGCCACAAACGGACAUUUUACAAAACACUCGGCAUGGAUCGAGCUCCAUGUUCGCCCGUGAAAGUGAUGCGGUAUCUCCGCGAUUAGGGGAUACAAAUUUCGUGUUCAGUGUAAGGACGUUGAACAUUUUGUAUACGUUAUUUUGUGAGUCGAUAUUUGCAAUUGUUUGUUUCAAAGGUGAUAAGUGCACGAGGAAAUCCUUAUAAAAACCGAUCGCGACAUCACAAAAUAAUAAAGUUUUGUCGAAAAAACAUAUCGAAAAUAAAAACAGAAAAAACAAUAUUAAGAAGAAAGGCGAAAAUAAUAAUAUUAAAAGUGGUAGUGGCAGCAGCGAUAGUGACGGUAACGGCAGCAGUGGCGCAAAGUGUGAGGACGAGGUGAAUGCACGGCGGCCGCGGUGUGUGCCAGUGGUGUGCGCGCUCGUCGCUCGUGGAAACCCGCCAAAACCCGCGGCCGCGAACAACCACCAGCAAGAGCAGCAACAAUAGCAAUAACAACAGUAGUAGAAGAAAAAGAAGGAGGAGGAGAAGAAGGAGAAGGAGAAGGUGGAACAGCAUUAGCAGUAGUAGUAGUAGUAGUGGUAGCAGCAGCAGCAGAAGCAGUGGUAGCACGCGACGUUGUGCUGUUUUGACAACUUUCCGCCGCUUCGGGGCGUCGCGCCGUUUUUCUCGCGGCGGCGGCGGCAACGGUAGAAACGACAACAGCAAUAAGAUAGCGACAACAACAACUUAUUUAAAAAAGAUCGAUUGUGACGGCAAUUACGAUUGCUGGUGUCUCUCCAACCCAUACGACGUCGACGGUGGUGGCGACUGCGUUCUGUUAUUAUUUUGCCACGGUGCUUUUGACCCUACAAACCGGACGAGUUCAUUGCAGCACUUUCGCGGGGGUGUCAGCCAGUUUUAUUACUCCGACCUUCUCCGUCCGCAGCAGCAGCGCCGACGGCGCCAGAACACGACGUGUGUAAAUCCCUCUGGUGGCAAGUGUAGGAGGAUCGCCACAGAACUAUAUCGGUGACGUUGCGACUGAGAAAGGACGCGACGAACCACGUGAUAUACCUGUCGUCGGGCCGCGUCAUGCAAAGCAUGCCCGAGUCCUCGAUGGCCAUAACCUGAAUUGAGCCGAUUUGACCCGAUUAAGCCCGAUUCAACGUAUUCGUAGUUGAACGAACAAGCAAACGAACGAAUGAAAGAAAACAAACGGUAGCCAUUGACUUUUUUCAUCUUUCCUCGUGCUUACGUUCAUUAUUCUUUAGUGUUCUGUGCUAUAAAGAAUAUGCUUUUUGCAAUAAAGAUGCGAAUAUUCAGUAGAAGUGUAUCAGAAGUGUAUUAUACUUCAAUAACAAUAUUUAUCUAAUAAAAAAAAAAAAAUAAAAAUUUAAUUAGGAAAAGGGUCAAUCUGUCUAUUUGUAACAGGUGACUAGUUAAAGGAAUGAACGGAGUGAUUGUGAUACGCAUGCUAUUUCUCGUUCUUUCGAUGUUCUUUUAUAACGGUGAUAAUUUGAAAUAAUUGUGCUAUACUGUGUACUGUGCAUAUAGUGUCAUUAAUACGGUGUUUUUAUAGUGUCAACCGUUACGUAUAAUUGUCUGAAGGUGGUGGCGUGGGAGUCCGACAUUUUAACCGCUCGUAUUCACGAAAAGAUACAAGUGUCCACGUGUGAAAUAUGGUCGGCACUUGAAGGGCGUGAAAAUCAUACGUUGAACUUAUUCCAAGAAAAUUUUUUAAUGUCUUCUCUAAUAAGAAUUUUAUUAUAAGUAUAGUUAAUAUUUAAUUUUAUGAUCACGAUCUGUUUAUUUUUUCAUUAUUGUACACUUUGUUGAUUACCAAAGAAAAAAGUGUCAAGCACGUUUUUUUACGGCGAUUCAAGAAUCUUGAAAAAAAAUAAGUGCUAAAAAUUGUGAUUUUGUUAAGUUAUAGAAAAAAAGGAAUUAAAAUUUCUAGAAAACAGUGUAUAUACUGACAAGUUAACAGUUAUUAAAAAAUAUCCGUGUUUUGUACAUUUAGUGAAGUGUUUGACAGUAUUUAAUCAAGUGUCUAAUAAUGAAAAAUACCUGACAUUCACAUCAUAAUUAUGGGAGUUAAUAGUGGAAUCGAAUGAGGAUUGAUUUUAAUGAAAAGUGAAAUUUGCUGUGUGAAAAAACAAGUGAAGUAGCAGUACAGUAGAAUACGGAAAAAGAGAACUAUACAUAUUGUUAUUGAAAAUUGAUAAAGUUAAUUAAAAGGACAGAAAAGAAUUUAAGAACGAAAACAAUUGAAAAGGGUAUUGAAAAGCAGGUGUACACAUUUGUAGAUUGUGUAAUAAAAAGGGAGAGAGAGAGAGUGAAAAAGAAAAAAGCUCAGUGUCUGUAAAUAAGAGUUAUUUUUCGUAUGAGGGAAAAGAAGAUACAUCUACAUCAAAACGAGGAGAAACGAGUGAGAAGACCUUUAGAAGUCCUUGAACUAAACAAGGUUCGGAGGACUUUCUCUCUCUCUCUCUCUCUCUCUCUCUUAGAAGGAUAUACGAAGAAAGUGAUAAAACAUUGACAAAGAACAGGAAAAAAGCGAAUGAAAGUGAAAUAGAUACAGUGUCAGAAUUAUUAUUGAGCUUUUUUUCUAUAACUUUCAUUCAAAAUCGAUCGUGUUUCUUCCAAUUCUAGAAGAAUAUCAUUCACAGAAAGUGAUUAAUUUAGAUUUAAAAAGACUGAUAAAAAUUUUUACAAGCAAAGAAGUAAGAGAGAGAGAGAGAGAGAGAGAGAGAGAGAGAGAGAGAGAGAGAGAGAGAGAGAAGAAUCGACAAAAAUAGCUGAAAAAACGAGAGUGUAGUGAUUGAGAGAAAAAAGAAAAAAGAAAGAGAUCGUGAAAAAAAACACCUGGAAAAGAAAGGCUGAAGAGAAGAAAGAAGAGAAAAAUAGAAGUACGGAGAAUAAGAGAAAGAGAGAAGAAAAGAGUGCGCGCGCUGUGAAGCGGUAUUGAGAGGGCUGGCGUGCCCCAUGUUGUGAGCAUCUGAAGACUGCCGGGGG